AUGGUUUCUGGAUCAGUCAACCGAACUUCCCUCCACCCUGGAGGUGUACAACCUACUCGUGAGCACACCGAAAUUGAAGAGGAGCUCCAUGACAAGGCCAACAUCGACUAUGACCGCGUUGCCAUUGUCGCCAACCCUUCAGUAGCAGCUCUAUAUGAAGAUGCUUUGGUUUACGAGACCGGUACUGCCAUCACAUCCUCAGGUGCCUUGACUGCGUACUCUGGAGCCAAGACCGGUCGUUCUCCCCUUGACAAGCGUAUAGUCAGAGAGCCCUCGUCCGAGAAGGAGAUCUGGUGGGGCCCUGUCAACAAGCCGAUGGAACCCGAAGUGUGGAGAAUUAACCGCGAGCGUGCUGUCGAUUACUUGAACACCAGAAACAGGAUUUACGUCGUUGAUGGUUUCGCCGGAUGGGAUGAGCGCUACAGAAUUAGAGUUCGUGUUGUCUGCGCUCGCGCCUACCACGCCUUGUUCAUGAGGAACAUGCUCAUCAGGCCCAAGCCUGAAGAGCUUGUUCACUUCGAGCCCGACUACGUCAUCUACAAUGCUGGAACUUUCCCUGCAAACAGAUUCACCACUGGUAUGACUUCUUCCACCUCAGUUGCGAUCAACUUCGCCGAGAAGGAGAUGGUCAUUCUUGGCACCGAGUAUGCGGGUGAGAUGAAGAAGGGUGUCUUCACCAUUCUCUUCUACGAAAUGCCUGUCAAGCACAACGUCCUCACUCUCCACUCUUCUGCCAACGAGGGAAAGGACGGGGAUGUCACUGUUUUCUUCGGUCUUUCCGGAACUGGAAAGACCACUCUGUCUGCUGACCCCAACCGAUCAUUGAUCGGUGAUGAUGAGCACUGCUGGUCUGACAAGGGUGUCUUCAACAUUGAGGGUGGAUGCUACGCCAAGUGCGUUGGUCUCUCAGCUGAGAAGGAGCCUGAUAUUUUCAACUCCAUCCGUUUCGGAUCCGUUCUCGAGAACGUUGUCUUCAACCCUGACACCAGGGAGGUUGACUACGAUGAUGUUACCUUAACUGAGAACACCAGAGCUUGCUACCCCAUCGAGUACAUCCCGAACGCAAAGAUUCCUUGCAUCGCCGAUGCUCACCCAUCAAACAUUAUUCUUCUCACUUGCGAUGCCAGCGCUGUCCUUCCCCCAAUUAGUAAGCUGAACAAUGCCCAGACCAUGUACCACUUCAUCUCUGGUUACACCUCUAAGAUGGCCGGAACUGAGGAUGGUGUCUUGGAGCCAACUGCGACUUUCUCUGCUUGCUUUGGACAGCCCUUCCUUGCUCUCCACCCCAUGAGAUAUGCCAGCAUGUUGUCUGAGAAGAUCACUGAGCACAAGGCCAACGUUUGGCUCUUGAACACCGGUUGGGUCGGUGCCUCUGCCAACAAGGGCGGAAGACGUUGCCCUCUCAAGUACACUCGUGCUAUCCUUGAUGCUAUUCACUCUGGUGAAUUGGCCAAUGCCGAGUACGAAACCUACGAGACCUUCAACCUCCAGGUUCCUGUCUCAGUCCCUGGUGUUCCUGAUCAAUUCUUGAACCCUAGCAAGAGCUGGUCUGGUAGCGCAUCUGAGUUCACUGAUGAGGUCACCAAACUCGGAAAGCUCUUUGUCAGGAACUUUUCCAAGUACGAGUCGGAAGCGACCGCUGAGGUCAAGAGCGCUGCCCCUGUUGUUUAA